AUGGGUGCCUCUGGGUGCCGGGUGCCCCCAGCGCCGUUGCCGCGGCACCGGCUGCUCCCGGGGGGCUCGCUGUCCAUCGGGAACCUGUCCCGGAGCGACGCCGGCUCCUACCGGGUGGAGUGCGCGAACGCCGAGGGCAAGGGCAGCGCCAGCGUCCUCCUCGACGUGGAAUACCCCCCCUCCAUCGUGCGGGCGCCCGACCCCGUGGUGGUGGACGAAGGGGGGAGCGUAGAGAUGGAGUGCGAGGCGGAAGGGCGCCCCCUGCUGGACGGGAGUCUCCGAUGGCAGCGCCUGGGGGCGCUGUCUCCGGGCUCCGUGGGGCUCCCCGUGGGGCUGGAGGCGCUCGGCGGGGUCCCCGUGGGGCGGCUGCGGGUGUCGGGAGCCCGUCGGGACAUGGGCGGGGCCUACGAGUGUCACGUGGACACAGGGGUGCCGCCCCCCGCCCGCGCCGUCAUCCGCCUCGUGAUUCGCUAUGGGCCGGAGCUGGAGGCGGCGCCGGCGCCGGAGCCAAUCCCGGUGCUGGUUCCGGACGGAGCCGAUGCCGUGGCCGUGGGGUGCCGGGCGCGGGGGGUGCCCCCCGUGGAGCUGCACUGGGAGCAAGGGGGCCGCCCCAUCAGCACCACGGACAGCAGGUUCCAGCAGCUCCAAUGGUCGGACCCCCCCUGGACCAGCGCCCUCCUGACCGUGGCCAACAUCAGCCAGGAUCGGGCCCGGCUCCGCUCCCAGGCCCUGAACUGGGCCCAGUUGUGGGCCCGGGCCCCCUCCCAGUACCUGAACUGGGACCAGGCCCAUGCCGGGUACUGGGACGGCAACGGGACACUGGGAAUGGUGGAGUGCGUGGGGCGGAGCCAACUGGGAACGGCGAGGAGGCGCUUCCGGCUGCGCCUGGCGGACCGCCCGGACCCGCCCCGCUCCCUGCGCGUCUCCAGGGCCACCCCCAGCUCCCUGCGGAUCUCCUGGAGCCCCGGGUUCAAUGGGGGCAGCGCCCAAAGCUUCCUGCUCAGCGCUCGGGUCCCCGGGGCCCCGCCCCCUCCCUCCUACGUCAUCACGUCGGCCCCCUCCCACACGCUGACGGGGCUGCGCCCGGCCACGCCCUAUGACGUCACCGUGCGCGCGCGCAACGCCCGCGGCGACAGCGCCGCCGCCGUCAUCCGUGGCGUCACUUCCGCGCUGCCCCGCGAUUGGCCGGAGGAGGGGGCGGGGCCAACGGCGCCCCCUGCAGCCUUCGCGCCUCCCACGUGGGCCCUGGCGGCCUCGGUUGGCCUCGCCCUCGCCGCCAUCUUGGGGGCGGUGCUCUGGUGCAGCCGACGUCACUUCCGGGAGGCGGGGCCGGAAGUGACGGCGCCGAAAGGGAGCGGGCGAGGGGGCGGCAACGAGUACGGACCGGAACCGGAAGUGGGUGCGUUCGACCAAUCAGAAGCCGAGGUUGAUUGGGGCGGCUACGAGGAGGUGCCGCCCCCUGCCCCCCGCGUGACCCCGGAGGGGGAGCUCGUGUGA